AUGAAUUAUAUUGUGAGUACAACGAGUCCAUGCAAGUGGUAUGGGAUCACUUGUAACAACGAGGGAAAUGUUGCCGAACUGAAUGUAACAGGUUUUGGUUUGCAAGGUACGCUCAAUAAUUUCAAUUUCUCAUAUUUUCAAACCUUUGGAUCCAUCCCUCGAGAAACUGGCAAACUGACUUCUCUUACCCUCUUGUCUUUGUCCAACAACAAUCUCAAAGGUUCAAUCCCAACUUCAUUGACCAAUUUGACUAGUCUAGCGUUUCUUCGACUAAAUAAUAAUCGACUUUCUAGCAUCAUACCUUGA